AGCUCUUUCUGUCAGUUCCUCUCGGCUGCCUUCACAAUUGUGGAUCAGCAGGAUCUGAAGAGACUGAAGGAGGCCUAUGUCUUCUGUGGGAUCGUGCCAGCAAAUCCAACAAAGCAGCAUAUCCGGGAGCACUGCAGGACAAAGAUCCCUCAGCCACGAGAGCUUGUGAAGAGAGUGGAAGAAGUUCUCCUUCACUUCCACCUGUUAAAAGAUGUAAAUGACAUCCCUCUCUUCAAACCGUCCAUGCUGAAAGCCUGGAGGAUCCAGCGAGUCCACAUGCUGAGGGGCUGUCUCAGUGACCCAGAACGGGAGGAUGGGAUUCUGUACAGAUACGGUGGCACGCUGCAACUCAACCAUGUCCAGGGUGAAGGGGCAUCUGUGCCCGUGUGGAUUCCAAUCAGAGGCACUUCACAGCAAGAGGGCUACCACUUCCACCAGGCUCAGUGGGUGACUGGGAACAAAGUCUCCCCAGAGUUAUUUCAGGCCCAGGGUAUGACUGGUGUGGCACGCUGGAAUUUCCAGAGAUUGGUGGAUCUCAAACAGCCGGGUGUGGUUUUGCCUGCAGUGUUUGACCCACUACUGAUCACAGACUUGAACAUGGCCUCUGUGAAUGUGACGGGGAGCGCCAAAUAUCCAGCACUACAAGUCUCCAACAGGGACACGGGAGAGAGGUUUGGACUCGAGUACGUUGAGCAAGGGUGCCGUGCUGUUCCUCUCGACUGGGAAAAGCACAGAUCUCAGAAGAGGACAGACAUGUCCGUAUUCCUGACCCCUCUCCCUGUUGAGAAAUGUCAACCCUCAGCAACACAGCUGCCGCCGACUGUCAGAUUUCCUGAUUCUGCAGCUCCUGCUACUGAGGCUUUAAAGAGAGAAAGCACUGAGGAGCCCCAGAUGGACAUAGAUCUGCCCUGCACACCUCCACUGCCUAUGACCGCCUCACCAAGAAGUGCACGCACGGGGCCUAUCAAGACUGGUGGCCGGGUCUUUGUGUUGGACCACAAUCGGUGGCCUGGCCCAAUGAGGGUGGCUAUUGAUGGUCUGCUUGCCAGGCAUCAUGGACAGAAGGACAUGCUGAAACUGGUGGACUUUGUCUAUGCUUCCAUGGUGCAAAGUUCAUGUGCAGACCCCAACAGCCUGCUUCACCCAACCACCAAACACCACAUUGGAAGGUAUAUUAAACACCUGGCCAAAUUAAAAAACACCAGUUCCUCCCUUAACACCAGUCCUGAAAAGCUCUUGGAGACCCAACAACUGUGGCAGCACUUAACCAUGGGUAGUGACACAACCUGUGUCCCUGUAACAGCACUCCCACCUGCAGUUGUGAACCCACCCGCACUGCCCACACAAAAUGCUCCUCUUACUGAAGCUGCCAUAGAGAAAAUUGUUUUGGGACUGAUGGAAAAGCAGCAACAGUCAGAGCAACAACAGCAGCAAAAGAAAAAAAUGACAAAAACCUGCCUUUCAUGUGGCCAACCCAAGUCCCGUUACAUGAAUGAUGGCUCCUCAAUUCAUUAUUUUUAUCAGAGUGGGCAUGUUAGGUACUUCUACUGCUCCACAAAAGUAUUUAAAACAUAUGGAGCAGAGGGCCUCACAAACCCCAAAAUGUCUUUUGAGGAUUUCAUGUCAACACCCUUCUUUCAACAAGAACUUGAAUCCAUAAAACAGAAAGUGGAACAACAGAAGGACAAACAAAAGAGGAAGUCAGCAGAUGUGGUACCCUCUGGCCGUUUGUGCAGGUUCUGCCAUUUGGAACUAAAACAGGGCCCUAAUAGUCCUCACAUUCACACAGGGUUCCCCGGAGUGGCAGGGAAAUAUAUUUAUUGUCCUGCCAAGAUGUUCUCCCUCUACCAGGCCAAGGGUAUGGAGAAAGAAAUGACCUGGAAGGAGUUCCAGGCAUCUGCUUUUUAUCAUGAUGAAAAGAAAAGAUGGAUGGAUGAAAAGAGGAAAUGUUGAUUUACACACACACACACGCAUCCACACACACACACACACAAACAAACAAAAUGGCCAUAAUCUUUUAAUAAAACAAUUUUGAAGUUCAAUA